AUGAAACCAUCUAAACUGCAAGAUUAUCUGAGAAGAUGCCACCCUGAUAAAACAAAGAAAGAUUUGAAAUACGUUCAAACACUCAAAGAUAAAUUUCAGAAGAGACCUACACUGGACAGAAUGUUCGCUUCGACGUCACAAAUAAAUGAUGAUGGUUUGCGGGCGUCUUACAAUAUCUCGUUACUUAUAGCAAAAUCUGGAAAACCGCAACUACCGGAGAGAAGUUAA